AAUCGGUUCAAGGUGAUGGACAAUAAACAGAGAUAUCAAAGACAUGCCUUAAAUUACUUUUAGACCAAUCAGAAUAAAGGGGCUGAACAUAAAGGAGUACAAUAUAAGGAAGCCACGAUCUGAGUUCACUUUACUGAAGCUAAAUAAAGCAGAAAUCUUGGACGUCUGGGCUGUGUUUGGACACCUAUUAGACCCCUUUUAAACUCAAAAUCGCUUGCUGGGAAAUGGCCAUGAAUAAGCCAGUUUGCCUCAUUGACACAGAGUCAGAUGGGAAGUUGUGUGUACAGCAGUCAGCGCUGCAGAUCCUGCAGAAGAUCGAGCAGCCGGUGGUGGUGGUGGCUGUGGUGGGUCUCUAUCGCACUGGGAAAUCCUACCUGAUGAAUCGACUCGCAGGAAAACCAGCAGGGUUUGCACUGGGCAGCACAAUUGAGUCCAAGACGAAGGGCAUCUGGAUGUGGUGUGUGCCCCACCCCACUGAAAAAGAAACCACUCUGGUGCUGCUGGACACCGAGGGACUCGGAGAUGUGGACAAGGGGGACUCAAAGCAUGACACCAACAUCUUCUGUCUGGCUGUGUUACUGAGCAGCACUCUGGUAUACAACAGUCGAGGGACGAUUGACAACGAUGCUAUUCAGAAGCUGCACUAUGUUACUGAACUAACAGACUGCAUUAAAGUCAAAUCAUCAAAUGAGGAUGCUGACGAUUCAAUCGAGUUUGUGAAGUUCUUCCCUAGUUUCAUCUGGGCUGUGAGAGACUUCACCCUUGAGCUAAAGAUUGAUGACAAAGAUGCAACAGAGAAUGAAUACCUAGAAUUUGCUCUCAAGCUGAAACAUGGCACUGGGAAAAAAGUAAUGGAUUACAACCUACCCAGGGAGUGCAUCCAAAAGUUUUUCCCUUCAAGGACAUGCUUCACUUUCCCGUUUCCAACUGCUCCAGAGAAUGUAUCUCGCCUGGAGAGCUUAAAUCCUGCUGACCUUUCACCUGACUUCCUGAAGGUCACAGAUAGUUUCUGCCAGUUUGUCUUUCAGAAGAGCCAGACAAAGAAGCUGAAAGAAGGAUACACAGUCACUGGCAGGGUUCUGGGUAAUCUUGCAAAAACAUACGUGGACACCAUCUCGAGUGGGGCUGUGCCAUGUCUGGAGAACGCUGUGAUCGCUAUGGCAAAGAUUGAGAAUGAGGCUGCAGUGAAAGAAGGGCUUGAGGUAUACAAAAGUGGAAUGGAGAAGCUGAGGAACUCUUUCCCUCUAGAACUGAAGGAUGUGUCCUCAGAACACCAACGCCUCAGCAACCUGGCAACACAAACCUUCAUGAAGCGUUCAUUCAGGGACACUAAUGGGAAGUACCUAAAGUCUCUUGAGGAAAACAUUAAUAAUCUCUUUGAGGGAUACUUAGGCCUAAAUGAGCAAGCAUCAAGAAAGAGAUGUGAGGAUCUUCUGUCAUCCCUGACUGCACAAAUGUCGGAAAACCUCAAGCAAGGGCUCUACGCCAAACCUGGCGGCUAUGAUCUCUUCUGCAAGGAUCUGGAGGACAUUGUGAAAAAAUAUAACAUCCAGGCCAAAAACAAAGUCAAGGCUGAAGAGGUCCUAGGGGAGUUUCUGAAGCAGAAGUCUGUGGAAUCUAAAGCCAUUUUGCAGGCUGACAAAAAACUAACUGAGAAAGAGAAAAAGAUUAAGGAGGAACAAGAGAAAGCAGCCCUCUUGAACCAGGAAAUCAAAGCUAAAGAGGAAAAGCAACGACAACUUGAAGCGAAGAUGGAAGCCGAGAAACGUAGUAAUGAAGAGCGGAUGAUACAGAUGAAACAGAAGAUGGAUGAAGAAUUGAAGCUUCAGAGAUUGGAAGCUGAGCGUGCCAUGGAAAGUAAACUGAAGGAGCAGGCGGCUCUGCUGGAGAAGGGCUUUAAGGAGAAGGCAGACAUGAUGACCCGGGAGAUGGAGGAGUUCAAGAGACAGAGCUCUGAAGCUGAGAGUAAUCGAGCUAGAGAGUUUGCACUGAUGAUGGAGAACUCCAAUAAGAGACAUGAACAGACAAUGACCAUGAUGAUGCAGCAACACAGAGAACAAAUGAAAGCCAUACAAGAAAUGAAUGCACAGCCUAAAAGUAGAUGUCCCAUCAUGUAGAUGUAAUAAAUUAAAUGAUUGCCAGACAUCAUCACUGCUAAGAACUCAAACUUCUGAAGUCAGGAGUGAUGAUGUUACUGCGGCUGAGGUAGAGGUGCUGCAAAACUGAGUGCUCUUGCGCCAUAAAUACAAUAUACUUCUUAUUUUGUGCCACCAUACUUACUCACAGGGCUCCAGACUAACUUUUUUCACUAGGAGCACAGUGGCCCCAACUGAAAAUUUUAGGGGCGCAACCAGAAAAUUUAGGGGCACACACCGUAAAUUAACAUGCUAACCAAAUAAUCACAUUUCUACUAAUUUCCACUGUAUUACUAAUAAAUACUUUGAUGAUAGAUGCAGAAAGUACCAUGUGCUGUUUCAAAUGCAGUGUCAGAUCACAAAAAAGUGUCAAAUUUACUGGUCGCACAUAUGCGACUGGAUGUAAAAUUCAGUGGCACACUCUCAAAUUUUGGUGGCAAAAUCUGGAGGGCUGGAGCCCUGACUCAUGUAACUACUCAUGUAAUGGCGCUUUUCCAUUGCAUAGUACCCCACGGUUUAGUUUAGAUUGGGUCGGGUCAGCUCACCUCACUUUGGCGUGGUUAGCUUUUCCAUCGAGUUUAGUAUCACUUUGAAGUGGGAGGUAUUAUAGGCGUGUCGUUAUAUUUGCCGUGCCUACUGCUGUGACAUCAUACAAGUGAGAGCGUUGUACAUUCCCAUACAUUUAUUUAUUUCUCAGUCCGCCACAAAAUUAAAAUUGACCACCACAAAUAGAUGUUUGCACAUCGCGUUUCAACUACCUCUGUAUUACAUGACAGUUUCUGUUCAAACACCCGUGGCGUCAGUCGACGGCGCUCCGCUGAGGCUCAUUGAAGUUGCAUUUAAGCAAAUAAUGCUGACGUGCUCGUCGCAAAUGUUCCGCCACAAACUGCAAGUUUGGAAAAAACUGUAAUGGUGUCCCUGAUUCUCAACCUGUGGAUGUUUUUUGUGAGUUUGGGAACUUAUAGCAGAGCACAGCGCAAGCUAGCUUAGCACAGGUAAAGCUAAUCUACAUAAUAGCGAUGACACUGUAGUGACGAUUCUCUCAGACCAAUCAGUGACCUACAGUGUUUUCUCGUCACGUUUGGUAUCAGCUAGGGUCGCUUGGAACCCCAACCGAGGUGGUACGAAAAAAGUAUCGGGUACUACGUACUGCACCCAAUGGAAAAGCUCCCAAAAGUAAGCUGACCCGACCCAAACUUAACCAAACCUUGGAGUACUAUGCAAUGGAAAAGCACCAUAACAGUCUUUAAAUAGGGAAAACAUGGAAGUGUUUGGUGGCUUCUAAAUUCAUCCCUGUUUGAUCCUAAGGAAUGAAUGGAGCUCAGCUAAAUGGACGCGUUUCACAACGAUUAAGUGCACGCAUUGAGAAAAGAGAGGUAUGUAUUAAUUCGUCUAAGUUGAGGGAAGUACAUAGUAAAAUAUUGAAAAACUGGUUUUCCUUUAACAUGUUACAAAAAAGUUAAAUACAUACUGCAAAUGAAUACAAAAUAAAAUCAUUUAGUUGUACUAUUUCACUGUUAGUCAUUUUAUCAUUUAUUAAAAAAUUACAAAAUCAAAACUGAGUUCAUUUUGUGUGUGUGUGUGUGUCGUGUGUGUGUGUGUGUGUGUGUGUGUGUGUGUGUGUGUGGGGCGCGCACCCCAAACAAGUGUCUGUGUAGUUACAUAAAUGUGGUAAAAGCAUGUGACUUGAGGCUGAGCUCUUAUUGGCUGGUUUCAGAUCCACAAUGCUUGAUUUAUAGAUGGUUUUCGUGGAACAAACGUAACUUUCAGUAAACUCUGUGAAGAAUCAAUAACAACAAAGUCCUUUCUGAUAACAAGCAAAAUAAUCAACAAGUAGAUUAGUUCAAAUAUCAGAGCUAAAGUGUUUAAAAAACUACACUGAGCUAACCUUGCUGAGUAAAGUGUACUACAUAAUGUAUAGAAUCUUAUCUAUAGACCGUUUCAUCGGGCGCACGUGCGGUGACACGAUAAGCGUCUGGUCCGAACUUUACUUCCGGUUUCUGUUUUUUUAAUGGUCUGACUAGUUGCUGAAACUGAACUCUUAGGGUGUUUUCACAUAUAGUUCAUUUUAAAAGAACCAAACCCAGUUCACUUAAAGUGAACCAGAAAAGGGACUAGCCGAAUGUGACCUCAGUCCUUUUGGUGUUCACAAUAUAGUGGACUCAAAAGAGGACCCAGUUCUUUUUUUGGUCCUCUUCAGAACUGAAGUGAUCUCAGACCUUUUCUUGUUCACAUCACAACUUCAUAAAAACUUAGAUCCCAGCUUUCUGUGCAGCAGCUGAUUUUGAUACAAUGUCAAAACGACACGUAAAGCGGACCGGGACCUCAUUGAUUUCACAUAUCAAAAAGAAAUCGAACCACAAAAGAACCCAAAAGCGAACUGUACUCAGACCACCUCUGGAUGUGGUCUGAGUUCGGUUCGCUUUUGGGUCCUUUUAGGGGGGUCUGAGAUCACUUGGUUUGUUCACAUAUACACCCUGAACUGCUCUGAGAGCGUUUGUAGGGCUCAAACGAACUAGGUGUUAAAACACCCUUAAACAGAUACCAAAUGUUUUGGGUUCCUAUGUAAUCUAUGUGUUGUUUAUUUUGCUUGUUAUAUAAAUAAACUACUUUAAAAGGACUUUGUUGUUAUGUAUUCUUUGCAGAGUUUACCGGAAGUUACGUGUUGACAACGUGAAACUAUCGCACGCUCACGUGAAAGCGAAAGUUUCACACGCGCGAUAGUUUCAUGUGACCACGCGAUAGUUUCAAGUCAGCACGCAAAACUAAACUUCAAAAAAAAAAAAAAAAAUUCUGCACAUGAAAGUUUUGCGUGAGCACAUGAAACUAAACUUAAGAUUUUUUUUACUCCAAUGUCACCUUAGGGGCUCGGUAGAGAGCGAAGCGGCCGUGUUAAUUUUUUCUCCAGGUUUUCACGUGAAGAAGUCUUCUCGAGUCAAAAGGCGCAAGUCCAAGUGAAGUCAUGAGUCAUUGAUGUUAAAGUCCAAGUCGAGUUGCAAGUCUUUGUACAUUUUGUUGAGUCGAGUCUGAAGUCAUCAAAUUCAUGACUCGAGUCCAAGUCACAUGACUCGAGUCCACACCUCUGGUAAAUAGAGAUGUGUUCUAUGAAACCUUUAUAGGGUUAAUCUAUUUUUUCUAUUCAGUGAUUAUGUUUUGUUUAGCAGCAGAUCAUCACUAAUGGUGAAUAAUCACCGAAUUAAUCUGUUUAACCAUUUUUAUUCCUUUUUUGUUAGUCGAACCCCUCUGAGCUAAAUUAUUUAGUUGAAAAUAUUUGAACAAUUUAAUAGCAAAUUGCAUGUUUAACUUCAAAAACGUUUAUUUCUCGUCAGUCUGUAUAAGUAGUAUUUAGAAGGUUGUAAACGUUAAAUCACGGUGUUUGGAUCCAGUGUCAGCUGAUGACAAUGUAAGGAACAUAAAGUUGAAUGAUUUUUUCAUGAAAAUUCAAUAUAGUUAUUAUCAUUUCAUGUUAAUUUUGGGAUGGUUGCUUAGAUACAUAUAUGUACAUUGUUUAAAUUGAUAAAUAGACGUGAAUAAUUCUGAAUUAAUAGGGGUGAACUGGUGUGAAAGUAACAUGGGAGGAAAGUAACAGAGCGAACUUUCUCUGAGCACUGAUUACAUUUGCAUUCCAAAGUAUGAUGGCGUCUUUAGCACACAACCCUUGACAGAGCUGACAAAUAUUGGGUUAUUUCUUCAUUGUUUCGUGCAUGUAGGUCCAGAAAGGUGUUUUCAACCAUGAUAAGUACAUUUCUACAGCGGUCUUUUUUCUUAUAAGGCGUUGUGUUUCUGGUUUCAUGUGUUAAAGUACUGAUGAAUCUACAGGUUAUUUAGUGCUCUAACACAUCCUGAAGUUUGUGAAGAGAUCCUGUCAAGAUGAUAGUAACACUCAUUACUGAUGCCCCGCUGCUAAUACUCUGGCAUUAUGUUGAAAAUGUAUUUGAAUUAAUUAAAUUUUUAUAUUGUU